AUGUGUCAGAAUUUGUUAUUUUACUACGAGAGCGAAACAUUUUCCCGACCCAGCGGUGUUAUAUUACUUGAAGGUUGUUACUGCGAUCGCCUCAUUACAACACGUGGAAAAGAAUUGGAGAAACAGCACUGCUUCGCGAUAUCGUACAGGCGUGAGAAUCAACGACAAUACGAGCUGAAAGCAGCCUCAGAAUCAGAUUGCAAGACCUGGAUUGAUGCCAUAAGAGAAGCCAGUUUCAACAAGUUACUACUUCAGAAAGAAGAACUGGAGCAAAAGCAUUUGCAUCUAUUGCAAAUCGUCGAAAGUGAGAAAACGGCUAAAUGGCAAUACACGCAACAAUGUGAGGAACUGGCGUCGGAAAUCAAGAAGCUCCGUGCUGAGUUAUGCGCUUUGAAGCGGGAAUUGCGGCCAAGCUCAGUGGCCCCACCGGCUUAUCCAGAACGCGGAAUACUGCAGAGAGCUAUGUCCCAGACGACUGGUUAUCCCAUUGGUACAUCUUCUCAUUCGGCCUUCGGUGGUAUAUACGGUUCAAAUAUGCAUACUACUGGCAUUGGCAGCAAUUUAAGGGGUAUCGGUGAAGGAUCUACGGAUAUAGAAAAAAUCAAAAAAGUUCAGAGUUUCUUCCGUGGAUGGCUUUGCCGGCGCAGAUGGAAACAGAUCGUCGAGCAGUAUAUUAAGAGUCCUCACGCUGAAAGCAUGCGCAAAAGAAAUAGAUGA